AUGGCCUCCAUAACGAUCCACAUCAUCUUCCGCCUUGUCGAGUUCUCCUCCGGCCUCUACGGCCCCAUCCCAACACACGAAUCCUACUUCUACGGCCUCGAAGCAACACCUAUGUUCCUCGCCCUCUUCUCUCUCGCCGCCAUCCACCCCGGUUGCUACCUGCGCGGCCCCGGCUCCGAGUUCGCGAAGCCGAUUGUUACGAAGGGGGCGAGGAGGUGGUGGUGCUGUGGACGUGGCAAGCGUACGCGUGUGCAGCCCGAUUAUGAUACGCCGAAGAGGGAAUGGGGAGUCCAAAAGUGA